UUAAUUGAUGAAUGUCGUAAAUCAAAUGCAGUUUAUAAUGAUGUGUAUUUGAUCUUCCAUGUCGCUAGAGGGCGCGCAAAGCAAUCUCUCAGAGGAAACAGGCUGGGAAUGAUUCAUUUGCGCAUGCGCCCCUGGCAGUCUUCCUUUCCGACGCUCGAGCGAAAGAGACAAGAUGGGCCAUCAGCAGCUCUACUGGAGUCACCCCAGAAAGUUCGGUCAGGGAUCUCGAUCCUGCCGGGUUUGCUCGAACAGACAUGGCCUGAUCCGCAAAUACGGACUGAACAUGUGCCGCCAGUGCUUCAGACAGUACGCCAAAGACAUCGGCUUCAUCAAGCUGGAUUAAACGUCUUCUUGUGCAGCGACAUCCUCCGCAGUCAUCAAAUGGCCAAAUGUUAUCUGGAAGGCCUGAUUAACCAUGUCUAAUUCUGCACACUGAAAAAUAAUAAAUGUUCUUUUUCCAAAGGGAA